CCAAUGCAAUGUUUGCAGUAUGUCGUUACUGACUAUUGCUCAGCACUUUUACUUGAGUUCAUUAUCGACUAGUAUCGAAUUGAAAAAGUACAGCCAAUCAUUUUGAUGAAUGCAUUUGUUCAUGCAUAUUCAUGGCAUUGGCUUGCUUUGAGAGGAGAUCUUCGGCAAGAGUGUGUAGCAAAUUAAAGCCGUGUCGCCCGCCACCUGUGGACGUGAAUGUGACAGUACGCAAUCUUAUGUCUGAAGGCUGUAGACAGAGGCAGAUUACCUCCACGUCUCUUCACCGUGAGGAUUUGCCACCACAUUCCAGCUCACUGCUUGAUACGUGUUUCUUGCCAAUCACCUGCUGCAAUGCAGUCGAUGUUUGAUGUCUUUAGGCUUGUGACACUGAUAGGAUUAGGACAAAUUGUUCACGCCCAAUCAAGGACGGACUUUAUCAAAGCUCUUCUUGAAGAUUAUGAUAACCGUGUGACCCCAACGUUUGAUGAAGGCACCCCUACUGAGGUCGAUGUUUCACUAUUCAUCAACAACAUAGACUCCAUCAGUGAACAGACAAUGGAAUUCAGUCUGAAUGCCUUCGUAGUCCAAGAAUGGAAAGACAAACGCUUGGAGUUUCUAGGCCUUAUAGAUGCUGAAUACCUGGAAUUGGACACGAAAUUGAUGGAUGGUGUGUGGGUGCCAGAUCUGUAUUUCUCUAACGAAAAGCGAGCGUCCUUCCACUCUGUGACCGUACCCAACAAAAUGCUACACUUGUAUAGUGACGGCCACGUAGUUUACAAACUAAGGGUGUCCCUGACGGCGUCAUGUCCAAUGCAGUUACAAAAGUACCCCAUGGAUUCACAGAUGUGCUCCUUGUUGGUUCAAAGCUUCGCCUUUUCAAAGAGAAGUCUAAUGUUCAAAUGGAAGGAUGAGGACCCUGUCAAACGGCGAUGGAAACUGCAGUUGCCUCAGUUUAGCUUGAGUGAUAUAGAAACCCGCAACUGCACAGAGGAGGAUGAAAACGGGAAUUUUACGUGUAUAGCCGUUGACUUCCAUCUGCAGAGGAACAUUGGUUUCUACAUGAUACAGAUCUACAUUCCCAGCAUGCUGAUCGUACUGCUGUCGUGGGUGUCUUUCUGGCUCAAUGUGGACGCUGUCCCUGCACGCAUCUCACUCGGCAUUCUCACUGUCCUCACCAUGACAACACAGAAAUCUAUGGCCAUUUCCUCUCUACCCCGGGUUUCCUAUGUGAAAGCGAUUGAUGUGUGGAUGGCAGCCUGUCUUUGUUUUGUAUUUGCGUCAUUGCUAGAGUUUGCUCUGGUAAAUGUCAUGGAUAGGAGACAGGUGAAGCGCCGACAAGCACCAAAGGACAUAUCUCUGGAUAUUGUGGAAAAGUCCCCACUGAGGCAAGGAAACAGUGAACCCGUAUCCAAGUGGGUCCAAGAUCCUUCGGGGGCCGCAAGAGCAAAGAAUGUGGACAAUGUGUCUCGUGUGUUUUUUCCUGGCGCUUUCAUCGUCUUCUGUGCUGUUUACUGGAUGGCCUAUAGCUUGUAGACGGUACACAUUAUGAGGUAGUUUCGCAUAAUUAGAGGCAAGUUACACGACACAUUGACUGUUCGUCUCAGCCAGUUGCAUCGUUCAGAUGUAUUGCAGUUUAUGUUGUUGUUUUUACUAAAUUCGGAUCUUAUUCACGUAUUGAAAUAUUUCACUUUUAUUGCACUGAGGAAAUUUUGUUAUUCUUCUUAAGUGUAUGUACCGAACCGUGGAAUAGCCAAUGGGUAUUUGUUGCUGUAGUGUACACGCAGUGCUCUGUCAGACAUGUCAGGACAAUAUUGAUUCACAUGCACGGUUAUAAAUAUUGCUAUCACUUCAAAGCUUUUUUCUGUUUGACUUUCAAACACUGGGUAAUCUAUCCAAUUUUCCGAAUACGCUUUAACGCACACAAAUUAUAGCUACAUCUGUAUACUGGAUUGUAUUUCGUGUUCAAAUACGUACUAGGUUUUCAGAUAAAUGGAUGUUAUAAACAUGUCAGUCUAUCUUAUAUAUCAUCAUGAAUUAACAGAGUAAUUAAACCCCCUCACACAUACAAACGCCUAUGCUACUGCGGGCUCAUAAAUUUGUAAUAAUUUGAAUAAAGUAGAUUAAUUGCAGAGAAAAUCUACUGAAGUGAAAUUGUUUAUGAAUUUUAAAGAUAAACAUGUAAUAAAUAUACAAUAUUCAUGUCCGUCUCUCGCAAACCAAGUUUUGCUACAAUUGACAAUUGACAGGUAAACUAUCACUAUGCAGUGAUAAAUCGAACACAUUCUGAGCUGCAAAUAGUAGUUUAACAUGUUUACCACACCAGAUUACAGUUCACACACACACACACACACACACACACACACACACACACACACACACACACACAGUGGCUUUGCAAUGUUAGGUGUUUGUCAAUGCAUAUUGCAUUCAGUGAGUGAGUGAAACAUCUACUAAAUUUAUACCAAUACAAUCGUGUCAACAACAGACAGUAAAACAACCAGUAACAUAUCUCAGAAUUACGUUGCAAAUUGGUUGUAGAAUUCUAAAAUUGGACAUUUUACAAUAAAUCGUAUAUUUAUAUACUUAUCCUAUGUCA